UUUGAACAAGUGGGGGAGAAGUGCUCACCCUCCCUCGCUCUACCUGCCCCCCUGGCACCACAGAGACACGGGGUUCCACCCUACGUACCCUACCGUACCAACCUUUGGCCACAAUGGACCUCGAUGCCGGUGCUGACGACUUCUUCGCGGCUCUGAACAACGGCGCAGCUGAAGAUGUGUUCGCGGGCUUCGGAGCCGUUGAAGCCGAGGCAAACGCGACCGCGGAGGCUGGUGGCCGGCCGUCGCUGGAUGAUGAGCCUCUCGUCAUGGUCUGUAGCAAUUAGUUUUGCGUAUUAUUUGCUGUGGAGACUCGUGUUUUAAUGGAGUUUGAUGCUGGCUGUAGAUCGACAGGAAAAAGAAGGCGGAGGCGGCCAAGAAAGCCAAAAAGGAGGCGGCAGCUCGUGCUGCAGCUGCUAGAGCUGCCAGACAAGCCGAUGAACCAGCGCUGCCCAUGGAGGAGCGUAUCGUAAAUUUGCUGGUGCCCGAACUUAAGGUGAACGACGUGAUGUUGCUGAUCCGCAAGAUGAAGCAGGCCGGCAAGUCCGACGCUGACGAGUUCUCGGAGCUCGAUGCUGAGCAGAAGACAGGUAAAUUCCGGGCUAAUAUACGCGCUGGUGGAGUUGUUCGGUGCUGUAAAAGAGGUAGUGACUUUUGUGUUUUAAUCCUGUUUGAAAUGUUGACAGCACCGCGAUUUCGAUGCGAGACUUGCGGCAACACAGAGCAGAACAAUUUCAUCACAGACUACGCACGUGGAGAUACGAUCUGUAAUGGCGUGGAUGGUAAUGGAUGCGGUACAGUGGUGCAGGACCACAUUGUGCACGAAGGAAGCGCUUACCGUAAGUUCGAAGGCGAAGAGGACAAGUCGCACCACGGACCUGCGCCCAACAAGUUGUUCUCGACUGGUCACAACCUACGGACACUGAUUUCGCAGGAUGGAGAGAUGGCUGGGAACUUGAGACGCGCAGCCGAGUUCGUCGAGAUGAACCUUAGUCAGAUGGGCAAGGAUGAGCGAAGAACGCGUAUUGGUUACAAGGACCAGAUGAAACAAAAAGCGUGCCGCUUGAUUGACCACACAAUCAGCAAUUUGGAUCUACACGAAAUUGUUGGAAGUCGCGCUAAGAAAAUGUUUGCUGAAUUCCGUGACGUCCGUGAGCAUGUGCAUCAAUUCGACGCUAUGGUGGCUGGCUGUGUGAUCGCAGCGUACAUGGAGACAAGCAAGGAGAUGUACUCGGCACAGAAUGGUAUUCGUAUCGGCCAAAACAAGCAGGCAGGUAUCGCCAGUCUAGCGCUGCUACCGAACAAAGCUGUGGAUGAGAAGAAGCUGCAUCCGUUUACGUGUCCGCUCUGUGAUAUGAAGUUUAACGCACGUCGCGGUAUGCAGUUCCACAAAUGUGCGGGUAAACCCGAAGAGGACAAAGAGAAGACGUCGAGUGAAACCAACUUGGCGCCCGUUGUGUUGCCUGAUCAACUCCAACCUAUCAUCGAGAUGAAGAACGGCAAGAAGUGGUUCAAAUGCCCCGUGUGCUCACGUGUGUACGGGAAGGAGGAGAGCUUGUCAGAGCACAUGGUUCGACACAAGAACCAGAGCAAAAAGCGCAAGCACCACAUAGAGACCAGCACGAUCGACUCGACGCGUCUAGCUAAGACCACCAAGCUGGCAUCUGCGAACCCUUCCGUACAGGUGAACACGCACGAGCAGGUCAUGUUUCGCGGCGAAGGCCGGAGGGUGUGGCUUCAGCAUCUCACCGAGGAAUAAUCAGUCUAAUCCAGCUCAUUCCAGCGUCAAUCCGCGUAGAUUGAGCCGAGCAGAAGCUAGAAAAUAUCUCGCAGCGUUUACUUUAGGCGGUUGAACACAUCAAUUGAAAAGGCAUGUAUCCAACGCGUUCUCUGCAAGAACAGAAUGUCUAUUUUGCAAAAGAAUCCUC